CCAAUGGCGAGCGGAGCGUGAACGAAGGGGUAGGAACGAUGAGGGGUUGGGUAAAACGGUAAGGAGGCGCGGCCCGAUCAGAAGCACAGGCGGUUUUUGCUGCGGCAUUGGAAGGUGCCUUCUUGGAGCCUCCGGGUAAGAGGCGGCGAGACUUUAGCUGACCAGCGGAUUGGGAUUUUGUGCUUUCGUGGCUUGCUUUUUCUGCCCUGAAAUCGUCGUCUGGUCUGACUCUGCGCUCGUCUGCUUGCCAGGGAAGCAAGAUCGUCACUAGAAGCCUGGGACAGGCGAAGAAGCUUGGCGGCGGCGGCGGGCGGCUGGUGCCCUCUGCUCGCCGCGGGCCCCUCCCCUGCGAUGGGGAAUGGGUUGUCGGAGCAGACGCCGAUCCUAUCGAGCCUGCCUUCUUUCCAGUGCUUCCACAUCGUGAUCUUGGGGCUGGAUUGUGCCGGCAAGACCACCGUCCUCUAUCGGUUGCAGUUCAACGAAUUCGUCAACACUGUGCCCACUAAAGGUUUCAAUACGGAGAAAAUCAAGGUGACGUUGGGAAACCACAAGACCGUCACUUUUCACUUCUGGGACGUCGGAGGCCAGGAGAAGCUACGGCCGCUUUGGAAGUCCUACACCCGCUGCACGGACGGCAUCAUCUUCGUGGUGGAUUCCGUGGAUGUGGAAAGAAUGGAAGAAGCAAAAACGGAACUUCACAAAAUCACACGGAUUUCCGAGAACCAGGGAGUGCCUGUGCUCAUUGUGGCCAACAAGCAGGACUUGAGACAUUCACUGUCGCUUUCGGAGGUGGAAAAGAUGUUGGCAACCAGCGAGCUGAGCUCUUCCACUCCCUGGCAUCUGCAGCCCACUUGUGCUAUAAUCGGAGAUGGUCUUAAAGAAGGAUUGGAGAAACUGCAUGACAUGAUAAUUAAACGAAGGAAAAUGCUGAGACAACAGAAAAAGAAAAGAUGAGAUGUUGUGACUAAGGGUGAAUUCCUUCUUGGUUUUUGACACAAAAAAAGUCGGCAGCACUAGACUUGCUCAUUUGGAUCUUGUACAGAUUGAUUAAACAUGCAGUCUGGUGGGAAGUUUUGCAGGCAGAUAAUUUUAUCAUUUCCCUAUAUGUAUUUGGGGACUACUACUUUAAAAAAAAGCAACUCCCUUGUUACAUAGUACAAAGAGUUCAGGAAACAGAUGGGUGGGUAAAUGUAAUCUGGAUAUCUAAAUAACCAAAUAAUAAAAUGAGUGGUUUGCUUCAUGGUAUAGUCAUGUCUGAGAGUGCCUUUGCAACAAAAUUGCAUUCAAGGCAUUAGUUUUUCACCUACUGCUUGUGUCAGUGGGAUGUUUAGAUGAAGAUAUGCAGCUUUAAAACAAUAUUAACAUGUCUGGAUCUAGACAAUUAGUAUUUAAGAGGCUGUGAAUGUGAAAGAUUGGUUGAAUGGUAUACACUUUUAACUGAUUUCUCUUAAAAUACUAGUUGGAAUGCAAAUGAUUUGAAUUACCACCAUUGUGGUAGCCAUGUUAUUUGCAGCCUGAUAGAGAAAAAAGUAUGGACUAUGUAAGAGUGUGGAUGAGUUUCCUGAUAAUAUAGCAUGUCUUGGUGUGUAGGAGUUAUUUAGAAAUAGCUGUGCAUCUUUAAAGCAGUGCUAAUCAGAUUUGGACCAUACUUAUUAUUGUUCCAAGAAGACAUGUUUUAGAUGAAAAACCCAAACAAUUAGACAAAUGUAAACUAUUACCAUAAGGAGUUUCAGGAUUCUUAUAGUGCAAUAUUACCUUUACAUUAAAUUGAUGGCAAUAAAAUUUGAUCAUGGUUCAAUAUAAGUCAAGCUAACAUCAGCAAAGCUACAUGUCCUUUGUGCCCAAUAUUGUUGAAAUGUACUGCCAGGUUUUUGUAAAAAAAAUAUUCUUUUUUGGUAGUACUAGGAAUGUACUGAAUCUAUACACUUGAAAACUUUGACACUGGAAAACAAGAGUUUAAAGAUGACACAUCUACUCGAUGCUUUAAGCUUUUCUUGUUUGCAGUCAUGCAAGCAGUGUUUGAGUUGGGAUGGCAUAUAAUAUUGAAACACAUUUCUUACUGGUACAAUUUCCUUCCCCCCCCCCCCAA